AUGCUUCCGAAUCUUGUUGAGGGAACAAUAGAAAAAGAACCUUUGAAUUGUGAAGGAUUUUUAAUGUUGAACUUCUUCUUGAGCGCCACAUUUAUUCACUGUCGUCAUCAUAGUCAACCAAUAGCCUUAAAAACUGGAUUGACAACCUUGGUGUGUCCAAAAAUAUCAAUGAAAAGAGAAGCAGAAUAUCAUUUUGUCGCGUAUUGGAGUGAAUCAAGUGACAUAAAAGCUGCUGAUGGUUUGGAGAUGAAUGCGCCAAGAUAA